AUGUCUUCCCUUUUGCCACUUGCUUCUUUCAACUUGGCCCUCGAGCCAUUUGUUCCAACCCAAGCGAUUGACUCCGAUUUGCCGGUUACUGUUCACUUGACUUUGGCUGCCCUGGAUCCAAAUGCGAUUGACGAUGAGGAGCAACCAUCUACGUUGAGAAUCUUGAAGGCUACUCCGCUGAGUAAGCUGCUCGAUGAAGAUGAAGACGAUGAAGACGAUGAGGACGAUGAAGAUGAGGAUGAAGAUGAGUUGGACAUCGCUGACGUUGAGGCUGAAGAUGACGAUGAGGAUGUUGAAGCAGAAGACGAUGAGGAUGACAAGGAGGAUGACGAUGAGGACGACGAAGAUGAUGAGGACGAAGAUGAUCUCGAUGACGAUGAUGUUGAGGAGUUUGUUGUGUGUACUUUGUCACCAAAGUCUCAAUUCCAACAGACAUUGGACUUCACCAUCUCCCCUGAUGAGGAAAUCUUCUUCGUCGUUACUGGUUCUUAUCCAAUCCAUUUAAGUGGUAACUACGUCGAGCACCCAUACGAUGGUGAGGACUCUGACGACUUUGAUUCUGACGAAGACGAGGAUGAUGAGGAAUUCGACUCUGACGAGUACGACUUGACCCCAGACGAAGAUGAGCUCGCUGAAGAGGACUUCGACGUUAACGACUUGGAGAACGAAGAGGACGUUGAGGCCAAGAUCCAAGAGCUCGUCGAUGAGGAGGAAGCUAGAGAGGAAGCUGAGGCACAAGAAUCUAAGAAGGACAAGAAGAAAUCCAAGAAGGAAUCUAAGAAGCGUCAAGCUGAGGAGACCCAGCCAGAACCAGAGACCAAGAAGUCAAAGAAGGAGAAGGCUGUUCAAUUCAACAAGGAGCUUGAGCAAGGCCCAACCCCAUCCGAGAAGAAGAAGCCAGCUGUCAAGACCCUUGCUGGUGGUGUUGUUAUUGAGGACAGAACCGUUGGUACCGGCCCAGUUGCCAAGAACGGUUCUAAGGUUGGUGUCAGAUACAUUGGUAAGUUGAAGAACGGCAGCGUCUUUGACAAGAACACAUCUGGAAAGCCAUUCCAAUUCGGCCUAGGCAAGGGCGAAGUCAUCAAGGGCUGGGACAUUGGUGUUGCUGGUAUGGCUGUGGGUGGCGAGCGUCGUAUCGUCAUCCCAGCACCAUACGCCUACGGUAAGAAGAAGCUUCCAGGUAUCCCAGCCAACUCCGAGCUGACCUUUGACGUCAAGCUCGUCUCUCUCAAAUGA